AAGGAGCUGGUUCUUGAUAACUGCCGUUCAGACGAUGGGAAGAUCGUCGGUCUCUCUUCAGAUUUCGAGAACCUGGAGUUCCUCAGCAUGAUCAACGUCAACUUGCUGUCUGUCUCCAAUCUCCCCAAACUCAACAAGCUCCGGAAGCUGGAGCUGAGUGAUAACAGGAUUUCUGGUGGCCUUGAAGUUCUAGCAGAGAGAACUCCUAACCUGACACACUUGAAUCUAAGUGGCAACAAGAUCAAAGACAUCAAUACCCUGGAGCCCUUGAAAAAGUUGCCAAACCUGCAUAGUCUGGACCUCUUCAACUGUGAGGUGACGAUGCUCAUCAACUACCGGGAGAGCGUGUUCACCCUUCUGCCCCAGCUCACCUACCUAGAUGGAUUUGAUGCUGAUGACCAGGAAGCCCCUGACUCAGACCCUGAAGCAGAUGGGGAUGGACUGGAAGAUGAGUAUGAGAAUGGGGAAGAAGGUGAGGAAGAGGAUGAUGAUGAGGAGGAAGAUGAUUUGGAUGAAGAAGUCAUUGAUGAUGAAGAAGAUGAAGAUGAUGAUCUGGAAGGUGAAGAGGAGGAGGAUGGAGUAGAUGAUGAUGGAGAAGAUGAGGAAGAAGAUGGUGAAGAUGAUGAAGAAGAUGAAGCUGAUGAUGACCUUCCACGAGGGGAAAAGAGAAAACGAAAUCUAGAGGAUGAAGGAGAGGAAGAUCCAGAAGAUGAAGAGGACGAUGAGGAUGACUGAUCUGAACGAGCCAAUCAGUUUUACAGACUAUGACUGUGCUUGUCUUAACCUCCCCGUUGUGUCUAUGUGAGACUGUAAAUCCCCAUCUCCCACUUCCUCCCCUCUUUGUAAUGGCUGCAGCGUCCACAAUAUAUUUUUUUAAGAUGUAGAAUACUGUAGGCAUUCAGGGGAAUCUUCCAUACAAGGCUCACUUUCUUCACAAGUAUUUCAUGACCAAAGGCUUUUUUCUCCCGUUUUUGGUUUGGUUUUUUUUUUUUUGUGGGUUUUGUGCAGCAGUUU